CGGAUUCGUGGAUCUGACAUUCGUCGUUGACUUCUGUCAUUCGCGAAAUUUUCUUCUACCGCCGUAGUGGGUAUUUUUGUUUACCAAUCUCCGGUGACCUUUCCCAGCAUAAAUUGUCCGGAUUUUUCCACAAACCCGUCGUGAGGUCCGCCAGAUAAUCAUCCCUGCGAAUCGAUAGUGAACAGAAUGGGCUCGGAGGACGGCAGCUGUGGAAAAGGCGAGAAAAUCCAGCGCGGAUUCCAAAUAAACUGGAUGAUUCUCCGCGACGCGGACAGCGGGAACAUCAUUUGGCAGGAGAACAAGGACUUCUCGUCGCCAGAUGUUGAGCAUGAGGCGAAAGUGCCUGUGAAAAUCUUAGACCUGCGAGCGGUUUCGCGUGAAAUCAACUUCAGCACGAUCGAGGCGAUGGAGAAUUUCCGAUUGGAUCAGAAAGUGCUGUUCAAGGGCAGGAUAAUGGAGGAGUGGUUUUUCGAGAUGGGUUGGGUGAGCCCCAACACCACCAACACCUGGCAGUCGACCAUCGAGGCAGCCCCCGAGUCACAGAUGAUGCCCGCGAAGAUUUUGAACGGAAACGUGACAAUUGAGACGAGUUUUUACGAUGGCGAGACCUUGAUCACGAAGUCGGUGGUGCGACUCUAUUACAUCUAAGACCAGAAUAAGACUUUUAUUUAAGCUGCUAGACCCAACCGCCAGUUUUUUACUAAUAAGCAAAAACAAUCUAGUCCUUGAUUAACAAAAACACAAUUUGUCACAAUUUGUUUGUUCGUAAAACCUCUGCCCUGACUCCUUGGAACUAACUGGUUCUAUGCAAACCAACAUCUUUAACCGAUGAUUUCCAAUAACGUCCCCAAUAAUUUCUCAACUUCAUACUUGUAACUUAUAAAACUGCUGCAUUUCACCGUUUAUUCGUUCUUGCUGUAUCUCUGCAAACAUUCUCAAAAGAAAAGUGAUGUAAGUAAAUAGAUAAACGUAAAUUGUAAGUUGUUGAUGCAUAAUCUAGGUGUAUUCUCAGAAUAUCAAAAAAUGAUCAUAAUGACGACUCGUCUGUUUCGUUUUAAGACAAAAAGAUCGCCAUCCGUCCAGUACACAAUCAAUUGAAAUCAAAUGGCAAUUUUUAAUCUGCAUGUCCAGGUGCAUUUACAAUUUUAUCUUGUUUGAUAUAUUUUUGAUAAAGUCUUUUUCUUUCUCUGAACAUUGUUUAUGUUUGAAGCUCAUUGAUUAAUUGUAUUCUUGCCGAAGAAUAUUUCAAUCGAAUUGUUGUGAACUUUCUACAUUUUAAGAGUGAAUAAAAAAGCAACGAAAUAAAUUAUUUAAAAGGAACAA